UCACGGCGCGCUCACAAUGGAGCUCUCGGAGUAUGUGCAGAAAGGCUUCCAGAUGCUGGCGGAUCCCAGCUCCUUCGACUCCGACGCCUUCACGCUUCUCCUCCGGGCGGCUUUCCAGAGCCUGCUGGACGCCCAGGCGGAUGAAGCCGUGUUAGAUCACCCAGAACUGAAACAUAUCGAUCCCCUGGUUUUAAAACAUUGUCAUGCAGCAGCUGCAACUUACAUACUGGAAGCAGGAAAGCAAAGAGCUGACAAAUCAACUUUGAGGUACAGGAAUUAUUUAAAUAUUUAUUUUCAAACCUUUAUGAUUCAUCUUUUUUUUUCUUCCCUCCCCCCCUCCUCUCUACAGAAUAAUAAGAAUUCCCUAGAAAUUCUGCUGGGAAGUAUAGGCAGAUCUCUCCCUCAUAUAACUGAUGUUUCUUGGCGUUUGGAAUAUCAGAUAAAGACCAAUCAGCUUCAUAAGAUGUACAGACCUGCAUAUUUGGUGACCUUAAAUGUGGAGAACACGGAUUCACAAUCCCAUCCAGAGAUUAGUUUUAGUUGCAGCAUGGAACAAUUACAGGACUUAGUGGGAAAACUUAAAGAUGCUUCAAAAAGUCUGGAAAGAGCAACUCAGCUGUAAACUGGGAAAGCUGACGAUCUGCCUGGUCAAAAGGAAGACCAGAAAUGUCUCGCUGUCGGCCGAACCAUCGUUUGUGGGAGCUGGAUGCCCUUCUUUCAGUAGAAAAAAGUUUUCGUUUGAAUUUAUGCCACUCAUCAAUUUUGAGACUUUUUUUUUAAACACUGUGAAAGUGUUAAGAGGGAAAUUCUGCUUAAGUAUUUGAAUCAUCUUUAGUGUUACCUGUACUUUGACCCAUUUCGAUCUUUUUCAAGUCUUACAAAAGGAAAGACAGUAUUACAUUCUCAAUAAAUGUUGUUUUCACAAAAA